GGAGUUGUAAUAUCCUUGUUUACAAUUAUAUUUCCGACGCUCGAGCCACCUUUCCUUUCCUACAAAGUUAGGAAUAUUAUCUACCAGUGAAGCUGCAUGCGCUCCUUGGUCCUUGGUCUUGCCUUCUGGUGCUGUGUGUCGGAGUAUGCCCUUCUUGAAGAACAUUCCGCCGUACCAUUACAACCCAACUUUACGUUCUCAUGUCAAGGAAAAUUUACUGACUUAUCAUAGAAGAUGUUCAACGUUCAACUAUGAUUAGUCUGUAAAUUCUCGUGACAUCUGCAUCGCGUAUUGACCUCAAAUCGACAACCUUGAGCAAGUAUCAUCAGCGACCAUGCAGCCCUCGUCGACGGCUAGGCCACUGUCAUAGCGCAGCUUAGGCUCAUCUCCAUGUUAUCACCACGAUUAUCACUUCUGAACCUGACGACGACCAUCACAGGACUCGGAAACUUGAUUGACAUUUAUUUUCAAGGCCGGUGCCGUACUCCAGCCCUCCUGAUGAGAUUUGCCAUGAUAAUUGUAUCCCUAUGCCCUUUCCUGAACGUUUGCAGGAUUCGGCAAGCGAUACGCAAUCGGCGUCUCCUCAUUGCUCACCGUCCAGUAGCUCGCAAACUCCUCCGUGUCCACUUUUCCAAAACCCCCAUCCCUCCUCGACUCAAGAUGAUACCGCUCAAACUUCUCAUGCCGGGUGCAAGCUUGGAAAGCGCUGAAGACGAGUAGUGCCGAACAUCUCACAAAAGGCUAAAGUAGCCAAGUCUUUGGUCGUCGCUAACUGCAGGGAUAUGAGGACGAGGUACCAUGAUCAUCUCUUGAUACCGUCACUUCUUCUAUAUCAUUCUCAAAGAUAUCCUGAGCCUACUCACUAUCCUUACCCUCCUGCAGGUCCCAUCGCCGAGCGGUCUUAUCGCUUGAUCCGAUGAUUAUCUGCUUGCCGGUAGGAAGUAGGAAAUGGAUGAAACUGGUUUGGAUUCGUCAUGACCGGCGAUGUGUAUGC